UUCAGGUGGGGCUGUAACCUGACACCUGACCAGGUAUUGCACAGUGCCGUUUAGGAAUUGUUAGUUUUUUGAAAGCUACAGACAGAAACUAGCAGGAAAACAGUUUAACUGUAAAGAAAAGGGAUAUGUUCACAAUUAAUCUCACAUUUUAUUAAUCUGAGUAUCAACAAAAGUAUCAAGGAUUAGUUGGCUGGAUACCUAGUAUCAUGGAGCGCUCAGAGUGAAACAGUCUUUUGCAUCAGCCCAAAGUACAGGUAACUACUCAUGCAGUACAGAGAAGUUUUUGCUUAAAGCUUGGUUUCCAGGACCAGUCUCUUGAGGAAUAUUACUAAGUUUUGAAUUUCAAGUUGUACAGCAAUGCACUGUUAGAAUGGAAGAACGACUGCACCACAGCUUAGGCUGGCUCUCGAUUACAAUACUUUUACUAAAAGGAGGAUCUUUGCUCACACAAGCGGAGAAUAUAACAGAUUCUACACAAUCAACAAUUGCUGGUAGCACACCAUCUACAACUUCACCGCCUAACAAAGUAAACGUAGCAGCCAUUGUGGCCCCAUGUGUCAUUGGUGGGGUGAUAGUUCUAGCUGUCAUUCUGACUUUUCUCAUUUUAAAACUGCGGGAGAAACGUCAGACUGAGGGCACCUAUAGCCCCAGCAGCCAGGAGCAGACCGGAUCUCGGAUGGAAAUGAACAAUACCCUAAAACUACCACCAGAAGAGCGCCUUAUCUGAUAUGUACAGGCUCUGUCAUGCACACAAGACUUUAAGGUUUUAUGGCGGAAGGAGUAGAAGUCAACAGAUCCAGGUAUUCCCUGCGCUGCUUAACAAGUUAGGAGGAGGAGAAAUGCUGGAAAGUGUGCGUGGCUGUGUUUUCCUUAAACCACGGCAGCUUCAGAAUAACCCUGCAUGGAUUAUCCGUAAACUGUUUUAACCGUCUUGACUCUUGUCAGCAGGAUGGGGAAGCCGGGACCUCCGAGAUUGUGCUAUAUGCUGUGUUGGUUGCGGUGGCGUUCUCGCUCAUUUUCUUCCUAGUCCUGAUUGC